AUGGCAGACCAUCAUGACGACCACGAAGACUUCAAACCCUCAGGCACUCCAGGUUUGCCAUCCCAUUGCUUCCCGCCGACUGAAAUCACAACUGACAUUGUCCAUCCAGGGUACAAGCCUGCAGGGCCCGCCAAGAGCGCCGAUGAGUACGCCAAUCUCGAUGCUGAAGACGAGUCGCUCGCGCGUUGGAAAGCCAGCUUGGGUAUCGUUCCGGGUGCUACUGGCGGGGAUACCUCUGGUCCAAAGGUCACCGUGUUGACCAUAGAGCUUGACUCCCCUACGCUUCCCCCAGGCAAGACGAUCUCUUUCAAUCUCAGCGAUACCGCGCGCUUGGCCGAUACCAAGAAGCACCCUAUCGUCAUCAAAGAGGAUGUCGAGUACAACGUCCGAAUCACUUUCAAGGUCAACCACUCCAUAAUUUCUGGUGUUCGAUAUAUUCAGGUCGUCAAACGAGCCGGUGUGAAAGUGGACAAACUUGAACAGAUGCUUGGAUCGUAUGGCCCUCACCCUCAGGGCCAGGCAUACGUCAAGAACUUCGAUACUGACCACUCGCCCAGCGGCAUGCUUGCGCGAUCGGGAACUUACAACGUCAAGAGUCGCGUUGUGGACGACGAUGGCGGUAUUUACGCUGACUUUGAAUGGCAUUUCAAGCUUGCGAAGGAAUGGGAGUAA